UGCAAGAUGCUGCAGUUCCAGCUUGUUGUGGUGCAUUUGGCUCUUGUGAUCUCCCUUCUGCAGUGGCACUCUAGCUCAGUGCUCCUCACGGAGGCAGCUCCAGAGCCUCUGAAGCCUUCUGCUGCUCUGGGCAUGAGAGUACAACCCAUUGCCAAUGAAGAGAAGUCAGCCACUGACCUGUCAGCCAAACUGUUCCUUCUUGAUGAGCUGGUGUCUCUGGAGAAUGAGGUGACCGAGACCAAGAAGAAAAGAAGCUUCCCAGGAUUUGGCUCCCCGAUUGACAGGAUUUCUUCAACCUCUGUGGAUGCUAAAGGCAAACAGAGGAAAGUGGUUGAGCUGCCUAAGAGACGUUUUGGAGUUCCUCUCGACCGGAUUGGAGUGAGCCAUCUCGGCAACACCAAGGGUUAGCAGUUUCUGCAAGUGCUUCUAUUCUGAAUGAUUGAUGCUGUAUUGAAAACAGUACAGAAAUACAGAAGAUGCAUCACGGCACAUCUUGUCAUUGACUAAUGAUUCAACACUCAAGGAAUUGAC